AUGAGUGAUGGGGUGUGGAUCAUGCUUAGUCCAGCAGAGUUUGCUCAGCUGCAGCAAUAUUCUGAAUAUUCUACCAAGAAAUUGAGAGAUGUUUUGGAAGAGUUCCAUGGGGACGGUAUUCUGUCAAAAUAUAAUCCAGAACAAAAGCAAGACACUUUGAACCAACCUAUUGACUAUGAGGGGUUCCAGCUCUUUAUGAGAACAUAUCUGGAGGUGGAUAUUCCAGAAGAGCUCUGUGAGCACCUCUUCAUGUCCUUCAAAAGAAAAGUUGGCCAAUGUUCUCUCGAGAACCAGCAGCAAAGUUCCAGUAUUUCACAGCUGAGCAACCUUGAAUCCAAGACUCUUGAUACAGGUAUAUCCAUCCAGACAGAAGUUGCUUGUGCUCCUGUUACAGGGAUCAAUGGGAAAACUCUUCUAAGUGCCAUGGGAAGGCAUACCCCUGAAUCCAAAUGUCCCCAGACAAAUCUAGCAGAACCACAAUCAGCAUCUCUCAGUCCUAUUCCACCAUCCAACAUCAAUGUCCUUGGGAAUGCCUCACCUAGCUGGUCCAGAUCAUCAUCACAAAAAUCCACUGCUGGUAACCCUUCUGCUCACAACUCCUCAGGGUCCUCCAAGAUUUCCUCAGGUUCACUGCUUACUCCACAAUCUCCAGGUUCCAAAAGUUUGGACAAGAAACUUCCAUUCAACCUCCGAAAGAGUAACAUCUCCCUGAAAACAGCCAGUUCACACCCACCAGCCCCUUUGGCUCAGGUAGUCUACCUGAAGGACAUUGUCUGCUACCUGUCACUGCUGGAAAGGGGACGGGCUGAGGAUAAGCUGGAGUUUAUGUUUCGCCUCUAUGAUACAGAUGGCAAUGGCUCCCUGGACAGCUCGGAGCUGGAUCGUAUUAUCAAUCAAAUGGUACAUGUAGCAGAAUAUCUGGAAUGGGACUCUACAGAAUUAAGGCCAAUUUUGAAAGAGAUGAUGGAAGAAAUAGACUAUGAUCAUGAUGGAACUGUGACACUUGAAGAAUGGAUUCGGGGUGGUAUGACUACCAUCCCUCUGCUCGUUCUCCUAGGCAUGGAAACAAAUAUAAAGGAUGAUGGCCAACAUGCUUGGAGGUUGAAACAUUUCAAGAAGCCUGCCUACUGCAACUUUUGCCGCACUAUGUUACUGGGAGUUAGGAAGCAAGGCUUGUGCUGUUCCUUUUGUAAAUAUACUGUCCAUGAAAGAUGUGUGUCCAAAGAUAUUGCUCCUUGCAUCAGUACUUAUGUAAAAUCCAAGAGAAAUACAAAUGUUAUGCAGCAUACAUGGAUUGAGGGCAAUUCUCCAGCCAAGUGUGAUCGGUGUCAUAAAAGCAUCAAAUGCUACCAGGGAAUUACCGGACUACAUUGUGUAUGGUGCCAAAUCACACUUCACAACAAAUGUGCCUCACACGUGAAACCUGAAUGUGAUGGUGGGCAUCUCAAAGACCACAUCUUGCUGCCUUCCCAGAUCUGCCCAGUUGUUCUGGAUAGGCAAUCCCACUCACGAAGAUCAGAGAGUGAAUCACCAUCCAGCACCACCCCCGAGGAUACAAACAUGAUCUUCAGAUACAAUACUACUACAGUGGAUGGACAUGGACUGCAGAUCACGCCUAUGCUAGGGACACACCCAUUGCUGGUAUUUGUGAACCCCAAGAGUGGAGGAAGGCAAGGAGAAAGGGUACAUAGGAAAUUCCAUUACAUACUCAAUCCCAGACAAGUUUACAACCUGGAUCGUGGAGGACCUAAUCCUGGAUUAAAUUUUUUCCGUGAUGCCCCAGACUUUCGUAUUUUGGCUUGUGGAGGGGAUGGGACGGUUGGAUGGAUCCUGGAUUGCAUAGAUAAAAUGAACUUAGCAAAGCACCCUCCUGUGGCUAUCCUGCCAUUGGGAACAGGGAAUGAUCUUGCCCGUUGCCUCCGAUGGGGAGGAGGUUAUGAAGGAGGCAACCUAAUAAAAAUACUUAAAGAUAUUGAGCACAGUACUGAGGUAAUGCUGGAUCGAUGGCAAAUUGAUGUCAUACCCAAUGACAAAGAGGAAAACGGAGAUCCUGUCCCAUACAGCAUCAUCAACAACUAUUUUUCCAUAGGAGUAGAUGCAUCCAUUGCACAUAGAUUCCAUUUGAUGAGGGAAAAGCAUCCUGAAAAAUUCAAUAGCAGAAUGAAGAAUAAAUUGUGGUAUUUUGAAUUCGGCACAACAGAAACAUUUUCAGCCACUUGCAAGAAGCUUCACGACUAUGUAGAGAUUGAGUGUGAUGGAACAGUUUUGGAUCUGACUAGCACUUCAUUGGAAGGAAUUGCAGUCCUCAACAUUCCCAGCAUGUAUGGUGGCUCCAAUCUUUGGGGGGAAACCAAGAAACAGCGCAGCUAUAACCGCAUGAGCAAGAAAAUACCUGAAAAGUUGCAAUACUCGGUGGUUACUGAUGCCAAGGAGCUCAAAUUUUGUGUGCAAGAUCUUAGUGAUCAGCUCUUGGAAGUUGUUGGUCUUGAAGGGGCAAUGGAAAUGGGACAGAUCUAUACUGGACUGAAAAGUGCUGGAAAGAGAUUGGCCCAGUGUUCCUCUGUUGCCAUCAGAACAACCAAACUAUUGCCCAUGCAAGUGGAUGGAGAGCCUUGGAUGCAACCACCUUGUACAAUUAAAAUAACCCACAAAAGCCAAGUGCCAAUGUUGUUAGGACCUCCCCAAAAGAGCAGCUUUUUCUUCCUGAGGAGAAGAAACUGA